AUGACGCCCUUUUCUACAGCUCUGCUUGGAGCCCCAGGGAUCCUCUGCCAUGGUCGCUUCCCGCGAAAAGUGUGGGCAGUAGGAAACGUCCCCUGCGAAAUGGGCGAGCCCCUCACAAAUGCGGGGCUGGCAGAUUCAACAGUUCAGCAGAAGACAAUAACGAGCAGCCGAAUCAUGACACAGGCAGAGGACGUCGCUACUGCCGCCUCCUGCAGACCUGCAAGUUCGGCAGGCCAAUUCUUCUUGGCAAAGUUCAGCGGCAUCUCAAUUUUAGCGCACUAA